AAAGGUGUAAGAAGCAUUUUUGAAAAUAGAACUUGGGGGAAAUCAACUGUCGGUUCAUUUGUUUUAAGUUUAGAAACGCAAUUCUCUUUUGGUUUAUCUGAUUUCAGAAUGGCUGAAGCUUCCACAAUCGACGUCCUUUGUGAUGACUUUGUUCGGAAGAUGAGGGAACUUCUAGGCCCACCUGAUGUUCAUUCUUUCGUCACAGCCCUGAAUCGAACUUUGAAUUUGGCUUUUGACGAAUUCAAAGACUCCAAGGAUACUGAGGAGUGCAGGACUUAUCUGCAGAAUUGUUAUCGCCUGGCUGUCGUUAAAGACAGAGAUUUUAAGCGUCGAAUUCCAGUAGGAGAUGCUGAACUGAUUCAAGAUGAAUUGAUCCGUCUGAAUCAGAGCUGCAAGAAAGGCAUUAGCUUACCAGAUGAGGAUACUGCACUUCAAUGGCCAGUUAAGAAUGACACGCUUUUCUGUUUGUUGAUCAGAGGCCAAGAUGGUCAUACUGAUACCAGAAGUAUUCUUGUGAAUGUUGGAAUGGAGGAUGAAGAGAAGAAUGGGAUUGUCAUACCUGUUCUGACUCCCAAGCUCUUUCAAGCUUGUAUUUCAAUUCUUUGUGUCAUUCAUCAAUGUCACAGAAAUUUAGAGCAUGCUAGGCUUGGAGGCAAUGUGGUGAAGGCCUGUUCAAUCAAAGCUUCUAAAGAAACAGAAGACAAUUGGGCUAUUCAUGCUCACUCAGGCUUGAAAUUUGUUGCUAAUUUCAUCCACCAUAUGAAGCCAGAAAGCCCUGCUAAGCCAAGGAUGCCUGCAAUUCAUCAUGUGCUGAUGAUUGCGUACAGGAUGGACCAGUAUCUUGACGCUGAUUCAAAGACCCCAGCUGUCAAGAAAGGGAAAUUUUCAACACUGGAAAGUGUUUUUCAGUCCACUGGGUUAACAAUGGAAGAUAUGGAAUCCUGCAUCCAACUGAUUGUUCCUAGCCAAUGGGGAACACAGUUUGCAGGUAUGGCUAGUGCUCCAGCUCAGACUUCAGGCAAUCAGAAAUAGAAACCACAAGGGAUUUCUGAGCAUAGUUGUUUUAUGAUUUACGCUUUGUGUUUUCAUGUGGUUGUUUUAAUAAGGAAUAUAAAGGUGCAAACAUAAGAGUUGCUCCUGUAAAUUCCAUAGUUGCUUUAGUUUACUUCAUUCGCUUUUCUUUAAGUUUGUUUUAUAUAUAUAAAAAAGGAUGACACCUCGUACCGCCCCCAACCCCGACCGGACGGUACGUUGUGAGAAUGUAAAUUGGACUAUAAUAGAGAGUGAGACUCUGUCCCCGUUACUUGCAGAGGUUCUAUGCAUUUUUAGCAUAGUAACUCCUCAUCGCAGUUGUCGGGAUUCAAACCAGAGAUCUAACUCUGUGGCACUCCCUUGCUACCAGUUGAGAUACGUCCAUCGGUAUUAAGUUUGUUUUAUAAUAAUAUCAUUUGUCUAAUUAAGA